ACUGGGGAGUGCAUGUUUGUUUUGGGGCUGGGAGGUCAAUACCUCCCUACUCCUAGUCUGUAGAUCUUCUCCCUCAGGCCAUGGAAAGCAACUUCUGGCUGUUUCAGUACUGAACCCCGCCUCCCAUGGCUGCUGCCUGCUGCACUAAGGCUGGGGCCUUUUUCAAGCUCACUUUGGGGCUGACUCCCACAGCAGCUCCCAGGGCUUCUGGGAUAGGCGUCGGGAGUUCUCAGCGUUGCUGUGUCUCUGCCUUUUCCCCCUGGACUAGUAGAGAUUGGUACAGAGGAGAAGGAACAUGUUAUUGGCCCCCUACUGUGUCUCGACUUUCACAGCCCCGUGCCUCCUCAACUUCUACCUCCACUUCUACUUCCACCUGUCUUCUCUGUCCACAGGACACUCUCAGCGACGGCCUGAAAACUUGUUACAAGUAUUUGAACCAGACCAGCCGCAGCUUUGCAGCAGUGAUCCAGGCACUUGAUAAUGAGCUGCGCAAUGCUGUGUGCAUAUUUUACCUGGUCCUUCGAGCUCUGGACACUGUGGAAGAUGACAUGACAAUCAGUAUGGAAAAAAAGGUCCCAUUGUUGCAAAAUUUUCACUCCUACCUAUACCAGCCAGAUUGGAGGUAUAUGGAAAGCAAUCAAAAGGAUCGGCAAGUCUUAGAGGAUUUUUCAACGGUCUCCCUAGAGUUUCGAAAUUUGGCGGAGAGCUAUCAAGUGGUGAUUAAUGACAUUUGUCAAAAAAUGGGGCAUGGAAUGGCAGAGUUUUUGGAAAAGAAAGUGAACUCCGUGCAGGAAUGGGAAAAGUACUGUCAUUAUGUUGCUGGACUAGUAGGGAUUGGCCUUUCUCGUCUGUUCUCGGCUUCAGAGUUGGAAGACCCCAUUGUUGGACAGGACUCGAAGCUUGCCAAUUCUAUGGGUCUAUUCCUACAGAAGACAAACAUCAUUAGAGAUUAUUUAGAAGACAUUAUGGAGGGGAGAGAGUUUUGGCCUCAAGAGGUUUGGAGUCGUUAUGCCAAGAAGUUGUCUGAUUUAGCAAAACCAGAAAAUAUUGACUUGGCUGUCCAUUGUCUCAAUGAACUGAUUACUAAUGCUUUACAACACAUCCCAGAUGUCCUCACCUAUCUUUCCCAACUAAGAAAUCAAAGUGUGUUCAACUUUUGCGCUAUUCCACAGGUGAUGGCUAUUGCUACCCUGGCUGCCUGUUAUAACAACCAGCAGGUAUUCAGGGGAAGAGUGAAGAUUCGGAAGGGUCAAGCAGUAACAUUAAUGAUGGAAGCUACCAACAUGCCAGCUGUCAAAGCUAUUAUAUACCAGUACAUGGAAGAGAUUUAUCAAAGAAUCCCAAGCUCAGACCCAUCUUCCAGCAAGACAAAGCAGAUCAUCUCCUCGGUUCGGAAACAAAAUCUUCCCAGUUGUCAACUGAUCUCUCGGAAUCACUAUUCACCUAUUUACUUAUCAUGUGCCAUGCUUUUGGUUGCUUUAAGCUGGCAGUAUCUCAGCACCAUGUCCCAGGCCACAGAAGAAUAUGUUCAGACUGGGGAACACUGACAAGUCAUCUCAAGACUAAAAUUCAAUAUUCAGUGGAAUAUUUUUAAAGGAGUUUUUUUUUCUUUUAUCCUUCUAAAACUCUUAUGAUGGCAUAAAUCCUCAGAAACUGAAAUGCUGUUGAGAAGAAUAUAAAAAUAAAAAGGGAAUGUUCUACUUAGCUGGCAAAAUUGCUACAACUUUGUUCAAAUUAUUAUAUAUGAGACUGCCAGAUUUGUUUUCAUAGGAAUCCUUCAUUAUAGGAUUAUAAUGAAAUAUAUUUAAUCGGAAGUGACCCUACUAGUACUUGGAAUUUUGGACACUGUCUAGUAAGAUUCGUGUGUGUUUUUCUAUUUGUUUCCUGAAUGUGUAAUAGAUUCUUUUGCUCAUUGUUCCCUUUGUUUUUUCUUUUAUUGAUUUGAAUAUAGAAUGAAUGUCAUUAAUGUUCAUUAAGAAUAAUUAAAUUUCAUUGCAUGAGGGUUAGAGGCUAAUUCUGUGGUCACCCCUCUUUUUUUGGAGGGAGUUUGGUUUCAGAAGGAAAAAUAAUGGAUAAUUCCUGUAUUGUACCCGAGUCCCAUUCUAGGAGGUGAAGGAAAAUCUGCUUGCCUCUAAUAAAGGCUAAAAUUUGUAAAA